AUGCCUCCCAGCGUACCGCGCAAAAGGCUGCGCGAUGAGUCGCCCAAUCCAAGCAAGUCAAAACGAAGGCAAGUGGCCAAAACUGCAGCCGCACCGCCUCCGUCGUCGACCGGUCGUAAGCGCAAGGCAACACUAUACGAUGACCUCGACGCCUCCGCUGCCUCAGUUGCCAAAUCCAGCAAGACGUUUCUGGAGAGCCUCGACGACAGCGAGGAUGGCAGCUCCUUGAGCGACCUUUCGGACGGAGACUUUGAGGAUGUUCCAAUCGCGAAACGACAUGUGACCGUGGGGUCUGGCGAUGACGACGAGGAUGAAGAUGACGAUGACAUUGAGUUUGAGGACGUCCCUGCGCCGAGGACGUCAAUGCUCGACACUUCGGUCGGCACCGGUGACCUGGAAUUGACCCUGCACCGCGACACCCGGAUCUCCCUGACCAACCCGUUUGGCGACAAGAAGGGCCCUUCGAAGAUCGAAAGGAGGGUUCGGAUAGCAACCCACUGUGUGCACGUGCAGCAUCUUCUCUGGCACAAUGCCAUUCGAAAUGCUUGGCUCUGUGAUCAUGAGGUGCAGGCUACCUUGAUGUCGCACAUUCCGCCCCGGCUCUUCGACGAAGUCGACCGUUGGAGGACCGCUAGUGGACUGGACGGGAAGUUCAAGAAAGCAUCUGAAACGAAACCUAAAGCCAAGCCAAAGCGGCGCACAAAAGUCCAGAAGGCUGACGAUGAAGAUUCCCGAGACUGGGGGCCAGCCGCCGAUCGUUUGGAAGAAGGUGCCGUUGACAUGAGCCAUGGCGAUCCCCUGUUCCGACUGAUGAAGAGUUUGAGCUCCUGGUGGAAGCAGCGUUUUCAGGUCACCGCGCCCGGCAUUCGCAAGUUGGGCUAUAUGUCUCUUGAGCGUCUCGACAGGCUGACUAAAGAGUGGGCAAAUGCCAGCGAAGACGUAAAGCUUCACGGAGAAAGGAUUCCUGAUCUCGAUGGCUUUCGAUCGUGUGCCGCGGCUUGCUCUGGAAGUCGCGAUGUUGGCGCGCAGCUCUUUACGGCAUUGCUGCGCGCUCUAGGCCUUGAGGCUCGGAUGGUUGCUAAUCUACAACCCUUGGGCUUUGGCUGGACAAAGGCAGAGGAUGCCGAUGCAGAGAAGGACACAAGUACAUUGGCAGCCGUGCAGCGGAGCAAAUUGGCCGCAGAGGGCGACUCGCCUUCGAAAAAGAACCUCGGCGUCAAGAAAUCCACUCAGCAAACGAAAAGGAAACCGCCAGCAAAAACAAUUAAUGGGAGAUCAGUCCGACGUAAGAGCGUUAAAGACGAGGCCGGGGAUUCCGAUGAGCCUGAUACGCUGAUAUCAGUCGUUCCAGACAGCGAUGAAGACUCUGUUGUCGAGCUCGAUGUGGCGCCGAGCAAGCCCGCCAGCAUCAAGAAAUUCGACCAGGACCUCGAAUAUCCUCAUUACUGGACUGAGGUGUUGUCGCCAGUCACCAAGAUAUACCUGCCGGUCGACCCAAUUGUGAAGAAAGUCAUUGCAACCAACCGCGAGCUUAUCGAAUCGCUGGAGCCAAGGGGCAGCAAAGCCGACAAAGCGCGACAAGUUAUGGCAUAUGUCGUUGGCUAUUCCCAAGACGGCACAGCCAAAGAUGUCACGGUCAGGUACCUCAAGCGACAGACUUUACCUGGCAGAACCAAAGGAAUGAGGAUGCCAUUAGAGAAGAUACCUGUUCACGACAAGAGGGGGAAAAUAAAGAGAUACAACCAUUUCGACUGGUUCAAGUCAGCUCUCCAAGGCUUUGUUCGGGGGAGCCGGAAGUAUCCCAUUACGGAAGUGGACGAAAAGGAAGACUCAACCGACCUGAAGCCGGCCAAACCUGAGAAGAAGGAGGUAAAAGAAGGCGAGGAAACGCUGCAGUAUUAUAAACAGUCCACGGAAUUCUGUCUCGAGCGGCACUUAAAGCGCGAGGAGGCGCUUCUUCCUACUGCGGAAGCGGUCAAAAUGUUCCGAAACAAAGGCAAGGCCAAGGAUAAGGCCAAGGAUAAAGGUGAAGACGGCGCCGAAGAGCCAGUAUAUGCCAGAAAGGAUGUCGUCAAUGUCAAGAGCGCAGAGACGUGGCACAAGCAGGGACGGGCGCCACGAGCAGGUGAACUACCACUAAAGAAGGUGCCGUACCGUGCCGCGACAACGAACAGGAGACGGGAGCUCGCUGAAGCCGAGGCUAUCAGUGGGCAAAAGGUGUUGCAGGGGCUUUACAGUUUCGACCAAACCGACUGGAUCAUACCUCCACCGAUCAAGGAUGGGAUCAUCCCGAAGAAUGACUAUGGCAACAUCGACCUGUUCGCAGAGCACAUGUGUCCGGAAGGAGCCGUCCAUAUUCCCUUUCGAGGGGUGGUCAAGGUGUGUAAGAGAUUGCAAAUCGACUUUGCUGAGGCUGUCGUGGACUUUGAGUUCGGCCACCGCAUGGCUGUACCUGUCAUACAAGGUGUUGUCGUUGCUGAGGAGCACCACGAUCGGGUGAUGGAAGAGCUCCGAAAGGACGAGGCGGAGAAAGCUCGUAAGGAAGAUGAGAAGCGGCGCAAAGAAGCAUUGCGGCUUUGGAGCAAGUUUCUCAAAGGGCUACGAAUCGUAGAGCGAAUUCGACAAGACUAUGGACACGUAGAGGACGACGUUCAGAUUUUCGGCCGAAAAACUGGGGGCGCUGGCGACGACGACCUGGACGAGGAGAUCGAUAGACCGGCUGCGUUCGACGGCGACCCCGAUAUGGCUGGCGGCUUUCUUCCCGCUGGACAUGACGAUGACCUGGCCGGUGGUUUCCUGCCAGAUGACCAAGACGCGGCGGAAAGUACGACUCAACCCCCAGCGAGGAAGGUCACCUCUAGCUUUUUCCCGCCUAUUGAUGACGACGAAGAGGAAGGCCUGGAUGAUCUGGUCGUUGAUCACGGUGAAGACCGAGAUGGAACCUCAAGUAAGGUCGAUGCAGUCCAAGAGCUAUCCGAUCAAUCCGACAAUGUCGAACCUGAGGAGGCUAGUCAGUCUGAUACUCUGCCUGCACCUAAGAAGGCGCAACCUCGGGCUAAACGACGAGCAGCGCCACGGCGUUCCACAAGGCGCCGCCAAAGGGUCAUGGUGUCAGAAAGUGAGGAUGAAGAAGAAGAAGAAGACGAUUUCGAGUCCAAUGGUUCGGACGGUGAUUACAAGUGA